UUCCAAGUCCCAAGUAAGAACUAAGAAGUAAGAAGUGAGCAAUCCGACUCCCCGGUCUUCAACACGUAACUCGGCCAAACUCCCACACUAACCGCCUGCGCUCUCCAUGCUUAUAAAUAAAUGUAUCUGCGCUCGCUCCGGACCGGUAACACGUUUCCCCCUCCUAUUCUCCCGACGUCUCUCGUUACCACCACCUGCAACUGCAUCCCUACCUGCUGGCAGCUUGCUGUUUGAUCGGCGGAUCUCUGUUCCCCCCAUGGCUUAUCGUCCUAACUACCAGGGCGGCCGCCGGGGAGGUGGAGCGCCUGGCCGCGGCGGCGGAGGAAGAGGAAGAGGAGGCCGCGGAGGUGGAGGCGGAGGCGGAGGUGGAGGAAGAGGCGAGCAACGCUGGUGGGACCCCGUCUGGCGAGCGGAGCGAUUGAGGCAGCAAGCUGCUGAGAUGGAGGUUCUUGACGAAAAUGAAUGGCGGAAUAAGAUCGAGCAAAUGAAGGCGGGAGGGGAGCAGGAGAUGAUCAUAAAACGGAGUUUCAGCCGUGCUGACCAGGAAAAAUUGGCAGACAUGGCAUAUCAAUUUGGUCUUCACUUGAAGUCAUGCGUAUAGCAAAGGGAAGACAAUAGUGGUUAGCAAAGUUCCGCUCCCAAAUUACCGGGCAGAUCUUGAUGAGCGCCAUGGCUCCACUCAGAAAGAGAUCCGAAUGUCCACCGAGACUGAGAGGAAAGUUGGAAGUCUUCUUGGUAGCUCGCUGGGAGCUAGUCCUGCUAAUGGUUCUAGUUCCACAUAUCCUCAAGAAUCCUCACAAUCAUCAAGUGCAGUGAAAGUAAUAAAACCUGUCUCAAAGGAAAUUGAUUCUGCCAAGGAGAAACUGAGUUUGGAACUAAAGCAGAAGCAGGAUGAGCUCAGGGCAAGCAAUGGUGUGAAGGAAAUCCGAUCUUUUAGAGAAAAGUUGCCUGCAUUCAAGGCCAAAGCUGAAUUUCUAAAAGCUGUUGCGGAGAAUCAGGUUUUGGUAAUUUCAGGAGAGACUGGUUGUGGUAAAACAACUCAGCUUCCACAAUACAUAUUAGAAGAGGAGAUCUCGGCAUUGCGUGGGGGUUCCUGCAGCAUAAUUUGCACACAGCCCCGUCGUAUAUCUGCGAUAUCUGUUGCUGCUCGGGUGUCCUCUGAAAGAGGAGAGCCUCUUGGUGGAAGUGUCGGUUAUCAGAUUCGCCUGGAAUCAAAGCGAUCUGCUCUAACUAGGCUUCUUUUCUGCACCACUGGCGUAUUGCUGAGACAAUUGGUUCAGGAUCCAAAUUUAACCGGUGUCACACAUUUGUUAGUUGAUGAAAUUCAUGAGAGGGGCAUGAACGAGGACUUCUUAUUGAUUAUUUUGCGUGAUCUCCUUCCUCGGAGACCAGACUUGCGCCUCAUUCUAAUGAGUGCAACAAUCAAUGCAGACUUGUUCUCAAAAUACUUUGGAAAUGCACCAACGAUUCACAUACCGGGAUUUACCUUUCCUGUGGUCGACUUCUUUCUAGAGGAUGUUCUGGAGAAAAGCCGUUAUAAGAUACAACCUGAGUCUGACAAUAUGCAGGGGAGUUCAAGAAGAGGCAGAAGAAGAAGAGAUCAAGAAUCAAAGAAAGAUCCAUUGACAGAAUUGUUUGAGGACAUUGACAUUGAUUCUCACUACAGAAAUUACAGUGCAUCUACACGGAUGUCCCUCGAAGCCUGGUCGAGUUCGCAACUUGAUUUGGGCCUGGUGGAGGCCAGCAUUGAGUAUAUAUGCCGUAGUGAAGGUGAUGGUGCAAUUCUGGUAUUCCUUACUGGGUGGGAUGAAAUCUCCAAGCUACUAGACAAGAUAAAAGGAAACAGACUUCUAGGAGACCAAAGCAAGUUCUUAGUGCUUCCUUUGCAUGGUUCAAUGCCUACAAUCAAUCAACGGGAGAUAUUUGACCGUCCUCCCCCUAACAAGAGAAAAAUUGUUCUUGCAACGAAUAUUGCAGAGAGUAGUAUCACCAUUGAUGAUGUUGUGUAUGUCAUAGACUGUGGAAAAGCAAAGGAAACCAGCUACGAUGCUCUAAACAAGCUGGCUUGCCUCUUGCCAAGCUGGAUCUCAAAGGCUUCAGCACAUCAGAGGCGGGGCCGUGCCGGUCGUGUACAACCAGGAGUUUGUUACAAACUAUAUCCGAAGGUUAUCCAUGAUGCGAUGCUUCAGUAUCAGUUACCUGAAAUCCUCCGUACCCCUUUGCAAGAGCUGUGCCUACAUGUGAAAAGCUUGCAGCUUGGAGCUGUUGGCUCGUUUCUUGCCAAGGCACUUCAGCCACCAGAUUCUCUCUCCGUUCAAAAUGCAAUUGAACUUCUAAAAACCAUCGGGGCUUUGGAUGAUACUGAAGAGCUUACACCUUUAGGUCGCCACCUAUGCACUUUGCCUAUGGACCCCAACAUCGGCAAGAUGCUCCUGAUUGGUUCCAUUUUCCAGUGCCUUGGUCCUGCCUUAACAAUAGCAGCUGGUCUUGCCCAUCGUGACCCAUUUGUCCUUCCAAUAGAUAGGAAGCAUGAAGCUGAUGCUGCAAAGAGAUCAUUUGCUGGUGAUUCUUGCAGUGACCACAUAGCACUUGUUAAAGCAUUCCAAGGAUACAAAGAAGCCAAACGUACCCGAAGUGAUAGAUCAUUCUGUUGGGACAACUUUUUAUCCCCUGUAACUCUGCGGAUGAUGGAAGAAAUGAGAGAGCAGUUUCGUGACCUACUUACUGACAUUGGGUUUGUGGACAGAUCCAAGACCGCUGAUGCUUACGAUCAAUACAGCCAUGAUUUGGAGAUGGUGUCGGCUGUCCUGUGUGCUGGACUAUACCCAAAAGUUGUACAAUGCAAAAGGAGAGGGAAACGCACUGCAUUCUACACGAAAGAAGAUGGGAAGGUUGACAUUCACCCUGCCUCAGUAAACGCAGGAGUCCACCUCUUCCCACUACCAUACAUGGUCUACAGUGAAAAGGUGAAAACGACUGGAAUUUAUGUUCGAGAUUCGACAAAUAUAUCGGAUUAUGCACUGCUUCUGUUUGGAGGUAACCUCGUUCCAAGCCAGAAUGGCGAUGGAAUUGAGAUGCUUGGCGGUUACCUCCAUUUCUCUGCAUCAAGGAGCGUGCUGGAAUUGAUUCGGAAAUUGCGUGUGGAAUUGGACAAGCUUCUGAAUAGGAAGAUCGAAGACCCAACCUUAGACAUGUCUGCAGAGGGGAAGGGCGUGGUUUCUGCUGUGGUUGAGUUGCUCCACAGUUACUGAAAUGCGGAACUGAAGAUCUCUAUUGGCCUACCUGCUUUGGAGGAAUCGAAGAACUUAUAGCCCUUUUUUAAGUUAAAUCUUAGUGGUGAAUGGUGAUAUAUCCUUUGCAAAAGUGAACCAUAUUUUCAGUUAUUAUCUGAUUAUCAUUGCAUAUGACGCUUCUCUGAUGGCAUCUAGUUAGAGUGUCUUUAUGAGGCUUGGCCGCUUGGCGCUUGGUGUGAGGUUGAAUUUGUGCGGUUGGAUCGCUGAAUCUGAUUGCUAUUGUAGUGAGCAGCUGCCACACAUCCACCCAAGUGAGCUGCCGGAUCAGCGAUGUGGAGAAAUUUGCAUCAGACAUGACGAGAAUGUGGAAAAUCAAGACUGCUUUAACAAAGUUGAUCUUCAGCCUCCGUAGUCUUUUUCAAUAUGUGGUCUCUAACUAAGUAUUUUUUGGUUCCAGAGGAUGUAGCUACAGAAAAAUUAGGAAUGGAAAGCUUCCCCACCUCGUUUUUCGCCCUUGGUCUUAAGAAUACUACUUUUAAGAAUGAAGAUUGUCCUUUUCUGAUCUUUACUGCCCAACCUGAAAGCGAGCAGCUAAUCGCUGAAUGACUGUGUGGGAGGAAGGCACUUGGUAGGUAGAUUUUUUUUUACAAGAAGCUGCUUAUAUUGCACUUCAAAAGUGAGUACAAAGUGAUAAAACCCAUAAAAAGAUACCGUAGAAAUCAAGAAAGGAAGAAGAAAAAAAAAGCCAGCAAACAAAACCUAUUCAAAUGUUUCAAAAAGAAACAAAAAUGAAGCUCAAAACCCAUAGCCGGCAAAGUGAGUCCAAUUAACCCUAAAGACAACUUCCAACACCAACCCUAGCUAUCAUCUAUCAUCCCAACAAACUUUGCCCCUCCAUCAAUCGCCUUCUGAUUGUUUCUGAAAGUCUUUCCAGAAUGGAGCCUGCUGAUGGAUCAACGCCUGGACCAGCGUUGGAGGAAGGGAUCGCGUCCGUCUUCAGCUCAGCCCCUGCUCUCAUGGAGACCGACGGCUUCAGCAACAGACUUAAGGAGUUCCUCGACCUCCACUCCGUCGCAGGAGGUGGAAGGAAGGUCGUCUGCAUCACAUCUGGUGGCACCACGGUUCCGUUGGAGCAACGCUGCGUUCGUUACAUUGAUAAUUUCAGCUCGGGCCAUAGAGGAGCAGCGGCAGCAGAGUACUUCAUUGAGGCUGGUUAUGCGGUUGUGUUUCUGUAUAGGAUAGGAAGCGUGUUGCCAUAUACCCGUUCGCUUCCUGAUGAGCCAUUGCUUGAAUGUCUUGAGCUCGAUGAUGACUCCAACAUUCGAGUGCGGAAAUCAUGUGCGGAAGCAGUGAAGAAGUAUCAUGCUGCUGUUGCAGGAAACCUACUCAUAAAACUUCCUUUCACUACUAUAUUUGAGUAUCUUCAGAUGUUGCAAAUUGUUGCCCAAGCAAUGAAGCCUCUUGGGCGAUAUGCCAUGCUCUUCCUUGCCGCAGCAGUUUCAGACUUCUACAUCCCGUGGCAGAGCAUGGCAGAACACAAGAUUCAAUCUGCAUCUGGGCCUCUGGAUAUGCGGCUUGUUCAAGUGCCCAAAAUGCUGUCUAUCCUAAGAACAGAAUGGUCCCCACUGGCUUUCUGCAUAUCAUUCAAGUUGGAGACAGAUUCGAAGAUUCUUCUGGAGAAGGCUGACAUGGCUCUUAGAAAGUACAAGAUGCAUAUGGUCGUGGCGAAUGAGCUGCAGACGCGUAAAGAAGAGGUUAUAGUCGUCACCUUGGAUGAAAAGAUCCCAGUUCACCGUGACAAGUCGCAGCCUGAUUCUGAUGUGGAACAGCCACUAGUUGAGCUCAUUGUUGACAAGCAUUCUACUUACAUCAAUAACCACAGAUAGCUGAUUCUUUCAGCUUUCAGCCUUACUGGAACAUUCAUACAUGGGAUAAACAAAAAAAAGAAAGAAAGUAUUCUGUGACGUCUAUUCUCGGAUUAGAAUGGUUGGUUUUUGCUGUUGUUGUUGUUGAACCCCAAAACCAUAACAAAUGAGCUGGUUCCUAGUUGCAGUGAAUUGUUUGCCUUGUUCUUCCACUGCUAACUUGCCAUCAUGUAACGUUGUCCUUCCAACUUUUUCGUUCAAAAAGAGAAGUAGCAUCGGUAUUCAUUGUUUUAUGUUCGGGUUAAUUAUCAUGUAAAGUAUAUGUUUCGUUGCAUACUAAGUACUAGGAAGGUGAGCUAUAAAAUUUGAUAAUGUAAUGGGGUAUAUAGCUUAUUGCUGUAUAGUUUUAUUUGG